AUGGCGGCAACGACUGCUGCGACACGGGCAGCGACUGCUGCGAUACAGGCAGCGACUGCUGCAACACGGGCAGCGACUGCUGCGACACAGGCAACGGCAAAGACUGAUCUGCAUACAACGGCGGCAACGACUGCAGCGACACGGGUAGCGACUGCUGCGACACAGGCAGCGACAAACGAUGCAACCGAGACAGUACAGACAGCGGCAGACAAGAAAAAGUGCGCCGUGCUGAUUAGUCAACUAUCCGGUCAGGUUUAUUCCACACUGAAGAAUUUGUGCCUCCCAGAUAAACCAGGGCAGAAGAAGUUCGAAGAGUUGCUGAAGCUCCUCUGUGAUUAUUUCAAGCCCAAGAUCAGUGUAGUUGCUGCUACCUAUCAAUUUCAGAAAACCCUGCAGAAGGAGGGCGAGCCUGCGAUCAUGUUUGCGGCUCGAUUGAAACGGGCAGCCAUGGACUGCAAGUUUGAAGCUUAUCUCGACAGGGCCUUGCGUGACCAGUUCAUCACUGCGAUCGGUUCUACCAGCACGACGAAGGAAAUCCUGGCGAAGGCUGAGGAGACGACAACAUUUCAGCAGGUUGUCGACAUGGCCACGGCUCAUGAGACAGCUUUCCGCGAGUCUGAGAAGUUUUCAACGCAGGUUCAUGCAGUACGCGGAGAGCCGGGGCUCGCCGACAACGCCACGUUCAAAUCUGACAAGCCCUGUUUCCGCUGUGACAAGCUGGGACAUCGACCGGAUGAGUGCCACUUCAAAUCUGCGAAGUGUCGUGCUUGCGGCAAACUGGGACACAUCGAACGAGCCUGCCUAAAGAAGAAAGCGGCCAGGUCCGUCAAGCAUGUCGGGACAACAUCAAACCCCGGUGAGCUUGUUCCUUGUAAUGAUUCUGUACCGAUGUUGAAUGUGAAUGCCACCAUGAGUGACAGAGCUGUAGCACCGUACACUACGCCUGUCGAGCUAAAUGGGGUCCAGGUGCACUUGGAAAUUGAUACGGGUAGCACCGUCACACUGCUAGGAAAAAAUGAUUUUCUGAAAUGCAAUGGCUCCGUGUCUGAGCUGGUACCAUCCAGCAUCACCCUAUCUACAUACACAGGAAAUCCAAUCAAAUGUCUGGGUGAAAUCGAAAUGAAAAUGGCUUUGGGUGGUGUAGAGGAGAAUGUUCUGGUCAGAGUUACUGAAUGUGAUGGUCCUUCUCUCUUAGGCCGGGGUGUCUUGUCCAGAUUUACUUUGCCAUGGAAAUCUAUAUUCAAAGUGGGCACUGGCGGGCAAUCCACUACCGAUUUCGUUAAGAAAUACCCGAAUCUGUUUGACAACUCCACUGUGGGUACGGUGCAAGGGGUGCAAGUAAAGCUGCACGUGUCAGAUGAACAACCGGUCUACAAACGAGCAAGACCAGUACCUCUAGCAAUUCGACAGCGGUACAUCGACGCGUUAAACAAACUCGAGGCUGAUGGGGUGAUUGAGAAAGUGACGCAUUCCGAAUGGGCCUCACCAACGGUACAAGUAGAGAAACCAGGAGGAGGAUUACGGAUUUGCGCAGAUUACAGUGGGACUAUUAACAAGCAUUCAGAAUGUGAACAGUACCCACUUCCCACCCUCGAGGAAUUGUUGCACAAGUUGGGCCCGGGAGGGAAGUUUACCAAACUCGACUUGUCCCAAGCAUACCACCAGCUAGAGGUAGCACCGGAAAGCAGGAAAUACACCACCAUCAACACAAUUCAGGGCCUGUACCAGUACAAACGCUUACCGUUUGGUUUCCACAGUGCCGUAUCCAUUUUCCAAAGGGUAAUGGAAGAAACCUUGGUUGCGCUACCAGGCAGCGGCGGGUACAUUGAUGAUGUGCUGUGUACCGGGGAAAAUGAUGAAAUCCAUGAGGAAAACGUGGACCGGGUACUCCAUCGACUGGAUGAGAAAGGUUUCAAAUUGAAUCCGGAGAAAUUCUGUUACAUGGCUGAGGCACUCUCUUACUUAGGUCACACGAUCAGUGGGCAGGGCGUCUCCCCUUCAACAGCCAGGAUACAGGCACUGAAAAUGGCCAAACCACCACAGAAUGUUGCCGAAUUGCAAUCUUUCAUCGGUUCUGCAAAUUUCGUGCGGAAGUUUGUGCCUCAUUUCGCAGAAAUUGCAGCUCCUUUGUACGACCUCUUGAAAAAGGGUGGGAAAUGGCACUGGGAGACCACUCACGAGCAAGCUUUUGGCAAAUUGAAAGAUGCUAUGUGUUCAGAAGCCCUACUGGCACACUAUGAUUUACAAAGGCCAACAGUGUUGCAAGUGGAUGCUUCGGGAGUGGGCCUUGGCGCAGUCCUACUGCAGAAGCAGGAGAAUGGCGAAUUACGACCGAUCGCAUUCAUGUCGCGUAAGCUGAUCCCAGCAGAGUCACGCUAUGCUCAAAUUGAAAGAGAAGCAUUGGCUGUGGUGUUCGGAGUGACCAAAUUUCGCCAGUACCUACUCGGUAGAGAGUUCAUAGUGGUCACUGAUCAUCGGCCACUCUUGAAGUUACUGGGAAAUCACGAGGAUGUCCCCACUCUCGCCUCUAAUCGAAUCAAGAAAUGGGCAUUGCAACUGGCAGCGUAUGAUUACGAAAUGCAGUAUCUCGCGGGGAAAGAAAACGUCCAUGCCGAUUUUCUCUCGCGACAACCAAUGCAAUUUGUGUCACCGAGCGAGGAGGAGACCGUCACGGUACAGGUCUUGCUUAUCGAGAACGACUCAAUAAUCAAAGCGGCUGUGGUGAGAGCAGAAUCGGCAAAGGAUUCUGUAUUGGCUAAAGUAAUUCGCUAUGCGGUUAAUGGGUGGCCUGCUGAAAUUGAGGAAGACCUCAAGGCACAUGCUAGCAAGAGAAUGGAAUUGUCUGUGGAGAAUGAUAUCUUGUUAUGGGACAACCGGGUGGUGAUUCCUAACUCACUUCGAAUGCUCUUGCUACGAGAUCUGCAUGCAGAGCAUUUUGGCAUGGUGAAAAUGAAGCAAGUGGCCCGGCGCUACUUGUGGUGGCCCAAUAUUGACCAGGAUAUAGAAUCUAAAGUCAAUGCGUGUUUGCAAUGCCAAGAGAAUGCCAAAUGCCCACCGGCAAAACCCGGUGUUUGGUCAUGGCCGACGGGUCCAUGGAAACGGAUACACAUUGAUUUUGCCGGGCCAUUUCUGGGAAAAAUGUUCUUGGUGGUGGUAGAUGCUUACUCUAAGUACUUGGAUGUAAUACCCAUGGCUCAUGCAACCAGUGCGACCAUGAUUUCUGCUUUACGCCAUCUGUUUUCUGUGUUUGGUUUGCCUGAGCACUUGGUUACAGAUAACGGCAGUCAUUUCACGAGUGCGGAAUUCCAGGCGUUCCUGGAUGGCAAUGGCAUUCUACACACAACAACGGCGCCAGGUCAUCCAGCAACUAAUGGCCUCGCCGAACGCUACGUUGGCGUCUUCAAGCAGAAGAUGAAAGAAAUGUCGAAUACUGGUGAACCACUCAACGUCAGGCUCGACCGGUUUCUCUUAGCGCAUCGAACAACGCCGACCACCAGUGGGAAGACGCCGGCGGAGCUGUUAAUGGGCCGGCAACCGAGAAUCCGGCUCAGUGCAUUGCGGCAGUCUAAGAGUCAUCGGCAGGUCAAGGUGUACCAGGAGAGCUUGACUACGCCAAAGUUUAACACCGGUGACGCUGUGUUCGCCCUGAACUUUGGUCGUGGAGCAACUUGGGUACCAGCUACUGUAGUGCAUGUCCACAGCCCUCACAGUUUCGGAGUACAGGUGGAUGAUGUCGUCUGGAAGCGCCAUAGGGACCAACUACGACCGCGGGCGGUGCAGUUUGGCCAAGUACCCGUUUCUUCCUCUGCGGACCAGGCGGUCGCACAGCUGCCUACACCGACCAGUGACCCACCGACAGUGCUGGAUUCUCCUCUACCAUUUCCGGACGCUAGCAGCAACAGUAGCACUGCCAGGCCGGAUGAUACGCUAGCCCCAGCAGCAGACGCCGUUGGAGUCGAGACGGCUCCCAGUGUUGUUGCACCGGCACCCUUGCGUCGCUCCGACCGACAUGUCUCCGCGCCCAAGCGCUUGAUUGAGAACUGCUAA